AUGGAAGUCACCACGAAGAAGUUUCAAUAUUACAUUGUAAAGAAAGGUGUUUAUCCACCUGAGUCCUAUCUUGCUUAUACUAGAGGGUCAAAUCAUUAUCUGAUUUCCGAUAAUUAUAUUGUAGAAACAACUUAUGACAAGAACGAAAAAACAGUUACUUGCUUUAUUAAUUAUUAUAAAAAAAUACUUCAAUAUAAAAUAAAAUUCAGAUUACAUAAGGAUGAAUAUAUAUGUUCGAACCUUUCACCAACAGCUGCAGCAAAUGAUUAUCUAAUGGUUUAUUAUAAAAAAAUUGCCAAUGAGGAAAAAACUAAGAAUCCAAAU